AUGGAGGCCCUUUUGACGCAUUCCUUCGACUAUCUUUCCUCAUACGAGCCCAACAAAAUUCGCAAGGGUCUUCGUCAGGUCGAAGGACUACUCGCACAAAUAUGUCUUUCGAGGAGCAAGCAAACGGCAGCCGAGAAGAGGAGAUCAAUGAUUCCUCUAGGUCAAGCACCUCCUGCACCGAAAGCAUUGAACGAAUUGGCAGAUGAUCCAGCUUUCCGUGAAUUUUUCAAAUUGCAGGAGGGUUUUCAAUGGAAUGUCGCCAUACGCCUAGUCACCUGCCUCGAACAUUUGCUCGGUCGCGGAAGUAACGGCGCGAACGAUCUUCUGAUCAUCUCAACCCUGGACUUGAUCCAAGGGAUUCUCCUUCUCCACCCUCCGUCCCGAGCACUCUUUGCGCGCGAAAUAUAUAUGAACAUUCUUCUCGACUUGUUAGAUCCGAUCAAUUGUCCUGCCAUUCAGUCUUCAACCCUGUUGACAUUGGUGACCGCACUGUUGGACCAACCUGCAAACACCCGCACAUUCGAGGCUCUAGACGGACUCUUGACCGUUACAUCUUUAUUCAAAAUGCGCGCUACAUCCAGAGAAGUCAAGCUCAAACUGGUCGAGUUCCUCUACUUUUAUCUUAUGCCGGAAAUGCCUACCAUUCCGGCGAUUGCUGCGAGCGCACCGAAUACGGCGGUGCUUGGAUUGCAUCGAAGCCCUAGCAAGUUGUCGGGAGCUUUUGCGAAAAGCUACUCGUCAGCCGGCGACACCAAUCAAUCGAAGCGCGAGACGCGCACGACCGAAGAGAAGCAGAAACUACUCGGUCGCUAUCUCAGUAAUGUCGAAGACUUGGUUGAAGAUUUGAAAGAGACAGCUCCAUUUGGAAGCACGGUCUAUUAA